AUGGAGACACCUGAUAAGAACCGCAUCUCCGCCGUUUCGUUCAGUAACUUCGAGGUUAAGUUAGCUAUUGAGUUGGCUAGUUCUUUGAGGAAUGGAGAUGAUGGAUGUGGUGGUGAUAGUCAAAUGGUUUCUUCUGAUGACGUAGUAGUACCAAUGGAUGCUGAAAAUGAAGUAGCGAGAGUCGGAGAGCAGAUUGAUGAUGAUUCAUAUGCGGUGUUUCAGAACAAAGAAAUGGAAGUUGAGACUGGGUCUUGUGAGCAAGAGAGUCCGAGAAUCAGCUCUUUUACUUUGGCGCCUCAGCAGUUUUCUACUUUGUGUAAUAACUCAGGGAAUGUCGUAGAGUCUUGUAGUGUGCAAGGUGCAGACACCACUUUUAGCAGUUCGUCACAAAUUGUAGAUGUUGAUUCGAAUGCCAAUGCUGAAGAUGAGAAAGAAACAAGUUUACAGCUCAGUAGCGAGCAACGGAGUGUACGCAGGCGCUGCUUGAGUUUUGAUUUGGGAGGAAAUUACAAAAGGGUACCUCUGCGUGAUUCCACAAACGAUCUUCCCCUUGAUUUUACAUCUAUCAACGAAACUCCUAGUCGUCAAAAGUGUAUAGGCUCCAGCAAACAAGAGACUGAUGAGAUUCUUCUACCCAUCCCACGAACAAUUGGCUUGCACUUGAAUGGUUUCGUGAAACCCUCAGUCUCAAGUGAGGGAAAUAAGUUUACUUUUAAAGAUGGCUGUGUUUUAUCUCAUGGUGAAGAUGAAUUCUCAACUCCUGUUUCAACAACAAGAGAUUUGGUUUCCUGUGAUAUCAAAAUCAUGGAGGAGGCUCUUGAGAGAUCUAUGGAAGGGGAAUGGGUGGAGGAACUUGGUACCUGUAAGCGCUGUAGAUGUAAGAAGUCCAAAUGCUUGAAGCUGUACUGUGAUUGUUUCGCUGCUGGUCUAUACUGUGUUGAACCUUGUUCGUGUCAAAAUUGUUUCAAUAAACCAAUUCAUGAAGACAUAGUUAUGAAAAGUCGUCGAGGUGUUGAAGCCCGCAACCCAUUAGCUUUCGCUCCGAAAGUAGUCUUGACUUCUGGCUCUGCUACGUAUUUUGGGGAGGAGAACAACAAGACUCCUGCGUCAGCUAGACAUAUGAGAGGAUGCAACUGCAAGAGAUCAGGCUGUUCAAAGAAGUAUUGUGAAUGCUACUUGAUGGGUGUUGGAUGCUCGGCGAGAUGCAGGUGCAUAGGUUGCAAAAAUGUUCCUUGUCUCACAAAUGGUAAUUUUUCAAACUUCAAAUGCCAUAUCAUUCGAGUUAAUCAGAACUAUUUUGAGAUUGUUUUUUCGUUUAUUUCUCAGAGCAAGUCCACUUUCAUUGAGUAG